AUGAAACGUCGACAAAAUACUGAGAUAAUUAAACAAAGUAUUAAUAAUAAGAAAAAAUUAUUAAUAACUACAUUUGAAGAUUUAUCAAAUGAAUUAAUUUAUGAAAUUUUUGAUUAUUUUGAUUAUUUUUUUAUUUAUGAAAUUUUCAGUAAAUUUAAUUUACGUUUUCAAUCAUUAUCUAUUAAUUCAUCUUUAGUAUUAAAAAUAAAUUUAUCAUUAACAUCAAAAUCGAUUUUUCAAAAUUAUUAUAAAUCUAUAAUUAAUCCAAAUAUCAAACGAAUUAUUUCAUUGAAUAUAACGAAAUAUUUUCUUGAUUAUUUUUCAAUAAAUUUAUUUUCAUCUCUUCAAUGUUUAAUUAUUUAUCAAAUACAAUCUGAUAAAAUUUGUCAACUUAUUAAUCAUUUGAAUUGUUUACCAAAUUUUUCUUCCGUUUCACUUUAUUCAUCAGAUUAUUUUGAAAAUGAAAAUUCAAUUUAUCUUUCAAUAUUUCGUUUAUCAAAAUUAAAAUUUUGUAAAUUAACAUUUCCAUCAGGUGGACAACGUAUUCCAUUACCAUUGGCUACUGAUCAAUGUCAAACACUUGAACGUUUGAUUCUUAAUGGUCAUGUUCGUCUUGAUCAACUUAUUUCUAUACUUUCUUAUGCACCUAAACUUUAUCAUCUAUCAUGUGAAUAUCUUUAUGGUUCAGAAUGUACAGAAACAGAUAUAAUAAGAAUACCAGUAAAUUUAAGAAGUAUUUGUUUAAAUUUAUAUCGUGUAUCAUUUAAUGAAUUAAAAUUAUUUUUAUCGAAAAUAAGUUUUCAAUUGAAGAAAUUACGAAUAAAAAAGUUUAAUGAUGAAAACUUUUUAAAUGCUGAACAAUGGGAAGAAUUAAUUAUUAAUUCUAUGCCUUGUUUAUGUGUUUUUGAUUUACAAUAUACUGGUUUAAUUGAUGAUAAUUUACGACAAAAUUUCAUUGAACGAUUUUGUUCGAAAUUUUGGAUUGAACGAAACUGGUUGUUUGAUUAUUAUUAUUAUAAAGAUGAGAAUUCUUAUUAUUUAAAUUUCUUUUCAAUUGUUCCAUACAGGUAUAAUCAUUUUAUAUUAUACGAACAAAUUAAUAAUGACAUAUGCAAAUCAUAUCAAACUAAUAGUAUUAAUUUUGCUCGUCAUUUGACUAUUGAAGGUCAUUUAAAAACAGAUAAAUAUUCAAUACGAUUUCCACGAGUUACCAAACUUACGCUUAAAAAUAAUUAUAUCGAAGAAAAUUCAUCGUUUUUUAAUGAUAUAAAUUCAAUUAUUCCUUUAAUACAAAUUACUGAUUUAGAUAUUAAAGAAAAUCAUUUUUCGCUUGUUGAAUUAACUAAAAUUUUGUCACUUUUACCAAAUCUUCAAUCAUUAACAUUACCAAAUAUAUUACCAUUUCAAUCUAAACGCAUUGAAACUACUAAAUUAAUAUCUCGAUAUAAUAGAAUAACAAAAGUAAUUAUAGAUGAUGAUGAAUGUGAACUGAAACAUGUUCAUUAUUUAAUUCAUUUAUUUCCUCGUUUACAAUAUCUUGAAAUAGGUAUAGAUGAAAAUAAUCUUGAAGAAAUUUUACGAUAUUUAUUAUCAAAAGCAAAAUCUCUUUUUUCAUUAUUUCUUUUAAAUAUAAAUUAUAAAGUUAUUGAAAAUAUACAAAAAUUAAUUAAAAAUGAAAAUUUAAUUCAUAAUUAUACAAUUGAACAUAUUCAUGGUGGAUUAUAUUUAUGGUGGUAA